CGAUCAGUCGAGUGCCAACUUGGGCGCAAACAAGGCGACGAGCCAAACCCACGGAUCGGUUUUUAGUUCGAGAUAGUUUCGUUUUGGUGGGGAAGGGGUUCGAAAAAAUCACACAAAAAAUCAAAAAAAAACAAACUGUCGCGUUCGUGGAAAGAUAAAUAAAUCGAAAAAGUGGGGCCCAGCGUGUUUUGAAAUCGGCUCUUGGCAUCGACAAGCGCCAAAAGUGCAACUGCAAAUGCAGCACAUUAUCCAUUAAUUGGGCAGAUAACGAGCGUGUGAUAAGCGCAGAGCACACAUAACGCCAGCAAUUGAAGUACCCACCGAUAUCGAGCAGUGUAUAUUUAAGUUAAGUGCUCCAGUCAACCAUGGCCAAUAGCAAGAUGGCCUUCCUGGCCUUUCUGGCCAUAAGUUUCUUGUGUGGAUUGGCCAGUGCCACCUACAAAGUGGGCGUGGGCCGUGCGGAUAUCACAGGACCGCCCGUGGAGAUCAACUUCAUGGGCUACGCCAACAUCAAGCAAGUGGGUCGUGGCAUCCACACCCGCGUCUUUGCCCGCGCUUUUGUGGUGGAGGACGAGAAGGGCAACCGAGUGGCCUUCGUGAGCGCGGAUGCCGGCAUGAUGGGCUACGGCCUGAAGAGGGAGGUGAUAAAGCGGCUCCAGGCACGUUAUGGCAACCUGUACCACAAUGACAAUGUGGCCAUCAGUGGCACCCACACCCACGGCGCUCCUGGCGGAUUCCUGAUGCAUCUGCUCUACGACAUCUCCAUUCUGGGCUUUGUGCCGCAGACCUUCGAGGUGAUGGCUCAGGGACUGUAUUUGUGCAUCAAGAGGGCGACGGACAACCUGGUGGAUGGUCGCAUCCUGCUUUCCAAAACAACUGUGCUCAAUGUGAACAUCAAUCGCUCGCCCACAUCCUACCUAAGGAAUCCCGCCGAGGAGCGGGCCCAAUACGAGCACGAUACGGACAAGACACUGACCCAGCUGCGAUUCGUGGACCUGGAGAACAAUCUGCUGGGCGCCUUCAACUGGUAUGCGGUGCAUGCCACCUCCAUGAACAACACCAACCGACUGGUGACCAGCGACAAUGUGGGCUACGCUGCCCUGCUCCUGGAAAAGGAGUACAAUCCGAACAAGAUGCCCGGCAAGGGCAAAUUCGUGGGCGCCUUCUGUUCGUCCAACCUUGGCGAUGUGUCGCCCAACAUAAUGGGUCCCAAGUGCUCCAUUUCCGGCAAUGAGUGCGAUCUGCUGACCUCACGUUGUCCCACCGGAGAGGGAGAUUGUUUUGCCUCCGGUCCCGGCAAGGAUAUGUACGAGAGCACCCAGAUCUUGGGCCAGCGCUUGGCGGAUGCCGCUCUCGGGCUGCUCAACGAACAGAGCCAGGAGUCCACGGCGCGGGAGGUCACUGGUGACGUGAGGUUCAUCCACCAGUUCGUGGACAUGCCCAACUACAAUGGCAGCACCUACAAUCCGCUGAGCAGGAAGGUGGACAAGGUCAGGGGUUGUCAGCCGGCCAUGGGCUACAGUUUCGCUGCUGGCACCACCGAUGGUCCUGGAGCCUUCAGCUUCGAGCAGGGAACCACCACGGACAACCCCAUGUGGAACUUUGUGCGCGACUUCAUCGCCGCUCCCACGCAGGAGGACAUCAAGUGCCACGAGCCCAAGCCCAUUCUCCUGGCCACCGGCAGGGCCACCUUCCCCUACGAGUGGCAGCCAAAGAUUGUCUCGGAUCAGCUGCUGAAGAUCGGCGAUGUGAUCAUAGCCGCCGUGCCCUGCGAGUUCACCACGAUGGCAGGACGACGCCUGCGGAACCAGAUUCGAGCAGCUGCCUCCGCCGUCGGCGGCAUCGACACCGAGGUGAUCAUCGCCGGACUGACCAACAUAUACACCAGUUACACUGUGACUCCGGAGGAGUACCAGGCGCAGCGUUACGAGGCCGCCUCCACGAUCUUCGGUCCGCACACGCACUCCAUUUACAUGGAUGUCUUUGAGCGGCUGACCAAGGCGCUGAUGCGGAAUGAGACCGUGGAUGCGGGUCCAAGUCCGCCGUACAUGAAUGAUGUGAUGCUAUCGCUAAACACCGGCGUGCUUUUCGACGGACAUCCCAUAAACACGGACUUUGGCUACGUGAAGUCGCAGCCCAACAAGGUGUACGGCAUCAAUGAGACGGUGAAGGUCACCUACAUAUCCGGAAAUCCGCGCAACAACCUCUUCACCGAGAAAACCUACUUCACCAUCGAGCGCAAGAUCAACGAGGAUCGCUGGAAGGUGGCCUACACGGAUGCCAGUUGGGAGACCAAAAUGGUCUGGCACCGAACCAAUACGAUCCUGGGCUUCAGCGAGAUGGACAUCUACUGGGACAUCAGUCCGCAGACUCUGCCCGGUGAAUAUCGCAUCCGGCAUUCCGGGGAGUACAAGUACAUCCUGGGCGGCAAGUAUCCCUACGAGGGACUCACGCACUCCUUCACCGUUAAGGAGGACUAGGAUAAGGAUAUCCACGUGGCGUGAUUUUAUACAUAUUCCUGGCCAGAGACGACUGCUGUCGGGGGGCCCAUCAGAAAGAGAAAGAAAAACCAACACUGAAUCCAUGUAUUUAUUUACCAUUUGUAAGUGACGAGGGAAAAGCUUUAUUUUUGCGAACGCGAAUAAAAAGGAUGCCAAAUUAUGUUGAAACUAA